AUGGCUCAUCAGAGCAUCGAGAUGGCUCUUAUUCCCAUCAAGGGCGUCGAGCUAGAAGACUUCCAUGGAGACUCCAGCAUCACCACGUCUCGCGCACCCGAUGCAAUUAUCACACACUUCUGCCAUCUAACAUAUCUUGAAAGGCACGAACUAAGAGACCUGCUUAUUGCCUGGCUCGAUGUUUCCCACAACACCACCGACCUUCUCAGCCUUUGCCCAAUUACGCAAUCUCAACGCGAGUCCUUCUUCUCCAGUAUCUUCUCUGACUGGGAAUCUUCCAAACCUCUCUACAGCCCAGAAUACAUACCUUAUGUCUUCACAGGCGGAAAGACUGAAGUUGGCGUAUGGAGCCAAGAUCUCCCAGUCUCGCGCGAGGAACGCAAACGUGCCCUAGAGAAUGGUGAGCAGGAACCGAUUCGUCAACACACGACAGCCAGGCAGGCUGGUCAAAAAGUGUUUAUGAUUCCUUCAAUGUAUAAGGAUGGCAAGAAAAUCGUGAUCGUAUUCCUAUAUAUGGACGCUGAUGACGAGUUUGGUGAUCCAGAGCAUGUAACUUUCAAGCCACCUGGCUCGACUCGUGAAGAUGCCUACAUGCGAAGCAUCAAAGAUUACGACAAGAGCCAGGCUUCCCGGGUUCAUAAAUACAAUCUCGAGGCCAUAAUCCACACUGCUCGCAAGCGAAUCGUCAAAUAUGCCAAUGACGGCGUUAUGGAAGGUCGACUACCCGCAUAUACAGGCCACAGAGUCCCUACCCGAUUUGGUACAGAUCCGAUCUUGCCCAAAAUUGAGAGUGGUGACGCCUGUUGGGAGACGUGA